GAGGGCACGUGGAGCCGGGAGAGGAGCUGGUGGCCGCGGGGCUGCGGGAACUGGCCGAGGAGACGGGGCUGACCCUGGAGCCCGGCACCUUCUCCUGCCGCCUGCUCGGACUCUGGGAGUCGCUGUUCCCCCCCGUGCUGGCCCGGGGGCCACCGCGGAGCCACCACAUUGUCGCCUACGUGGGGCUGCGCUCGGAGGAGCCGCGGCACCGGCUGCAGGCGCGGCUGCGGCCGAGCCCCCAGGAGGUCAGUGCCGUGGCCUGGCUGGAGCCGCCGCUCCUCGAGGCCAUCGCGGCCACCGAGGACGGGAACGAGGCACCGGGAGCGGGAUUGGGACCGGGAGCAGGACCGGGAAUGGGAUCAGGACCGGGAAUGGGAUCAGGACCAGGAAUGGUCCCUGGAGCGCUGCCAGACACCGUGGGGAUCCUGGAGCUCAGCGCCGGAGGCCUCCGGAGCACCCACAUUCCCAGCGGGAUCCUCCUGCGGCGGCUCCCGGCCCACGGCCCCGACCUGGAGCGCGUCAGCACCGGCACCAAAUUCGCCCUGGGGAGGUGGCGGGGGGGGGACCCGGAAUAAAGAGAUUCCCGCGGGA